AUGCAAAGUGCUUUAGUCGGCUCCUGGCACAACAAUGGCUUCUAUGGGCACUACAGAGGCCAAUUCAAGAGCGAAAGUGCUAGAGAAUACCGCCUUGCGGCCAAGCCCCAGCCUCCGGCAGUGUUCCUGCAGCGAUGUCAGGAGCCAGCGCGACAACACUUCUUUUCCAAGCAUGACAACCGUACUUCUUUCGACAAAGGCCCCUACUGCCUACUGCAGGGAAUCGGAAGGCGGAAAGACCUGGAGCGCCUGUGGCAGCGACACACCUUCCUGCACUGGGCACCUGGUGAGCUGGAGGUCUCCCAGCAGCGGCCCCUUGAAUCCUCCUACCAGAUCAAUUUUCGGAAAGGCCCAGGUCUCGGUGACCUUCCUCAGCGCCUUGUCCACUUUGUGCAGAUCCAGCCUCCCCAUGUCAGCACCACCUAUCAGCAGAACUUCUGCCGCCCAUCUCGAGGUGGCCACUGUGGCAGUGACAAAGUGGAACCCCAGACCCCCGUCACCAACACACUGCCUAACCUCCCAGAGAUCCCAAGACCCAAGCUGCUGCAGCAGCAUUAUCUCCAUGCUGGGGUCUCGGAGUGUUUAAACUGGUCCAGAGCAUUAAACAAGAGUAGCUGACACUGCGGCCUGUGUGUACUUGCAGCCCAAGAGGGCUCAGAGACUAGAGAGCAGUAAGGCACUGCCAGGCCCUCUGCCUGGCUCCUACGGUGCUUGCGCCUAUGGUGCCUCU